CCGCGCCCGGAGCCCCUACGGGGGCCGGAGUUCUCGCCCUCCCCCCCGCCCGGGGCACGGCGCUCGCCCGGGCCGGGCCCAGAGGGCUCCCGGUGGCCACCCCACGCCCGCGUCAGGGUCAGGCAAAGAACCUCUCUCUCCUCUGGACACGGCACCGCGCAGGAGCCGAGCAGCUUCCUUCUUGUAGGCCUUGAACGCUGAGCUUGGGAAGAGGAGAAAAUGGUGCGAUCGACUUGAUUUGUCACACGGCAAGGGUUCUUGUCACUACGAAAGAACAAUCCCAAAAGACCCCCGCAACACUGUUAAAGGUUGAAAGCUCGAGGCUUAAAGAUUUCCAUCGCUGUAAUUUGACCGGGUUUGGUUGCCUGUGCAACUGUUACUUUUCUUCUUGCCAGCUGCAAGGGGGAUGCCAAAGGCCUUGUAACCUCUGAGAAUGUGAGCACUGGCCAGAAGUUGGACUUCUCAGAUACAAUGGUACAGCAGAAGCUGGAUGAAAUAAAGGACCAAAUCAAGCGAGAAAUAAGAAAGGAACUUAAAAUCAAGGAGGGAGCAGAGAACCUCAGGAAGGUCACAACGGAUAAAAAGAACUUGGCAUAUGUGGACAACAUUUUGAAAAAAUCGAACAAGAAGUUAGAAGACUUGCAUCAUAAGUUACAGGAGCUAAAUGCACACAUUGUUGUAACAGAUCUUGAAGAUGUUGCAGAUUGUCCUAGCACUCCUGAUACUCCCAAUAGUGAUCCUCGGUUUUCUACAAACAACAGAUUGAUGGCCUUAAAGAAGCAGUUGGAUAUAGAACUGAAGGUAAAACAGGGAGCAGAAAAUAUGAUACAGAUGUACUCAAAUGGCUCUUCAAAGGAUCGAAAACUUCUUGCCACAGCUCAGCAGAUGCUUCAGGACAGCAAGACAAAAAUAGAAGUUAUAAGGAUGCAGAUUCUUCAGGCAGUCCAGACCAAUGAAUUGGCUUUUGAUAAUGCAAAACCUGUGAUAAGCCCUCUUGAACUCCGAAUGGAAGAAUUACGGCAUCAUUUUAGGAUAGAGUACGCUGUAGCAGAAGGUGCAAAAAAUGUGAUGAAAUUACUUGGAUCUGGGAAAGUUACCGACAGAAAGGCACUUUCAGAAGCACAAGCAAGAUUUAAUGAAUCAAGCCAGAAGCUGGACCUCUUGAAGUAUUCACUGGAACAGAGAUUGAAUGAACUUCCUAAAAACCAUCCCAAAAGCAGUAUUAUUAUAGAAGAGCUUUCAUUAGUAUCCUCACCCACAUUAAGUCCUCGUCAGAGUGUAAUAUCUACUCAAAACCAGUACAGUACACUGUCCAAACCAGCAGCUUUAACAGGUACCCUGGAAGUGAGGCUCAUGGGCUGCCAAGAUAUAUUGGAAAAUGUCCCUGGUCGAUCAAAAGCCACAUCAAUUACAUUACCUGGUUGGAGUCCAAAUGAAGCCAGAUCAUCUUUCAUAAGCAGACCCAGUAAAAGUAAAAGUGGGAGUGGUAGAAACCUUCUGAAAACUGAUGACUUGUCCAAUGAAGUCUGUGCUGUACUGAAGCUGGAUAACACUGUGGUUGGUCAAACUAGCUGGAAACCGAUUUCCAAUCAGUCAUGGGAUCAGAAAUUUACACUGGAACUAGACAGGUCACGUGAAUUAGAAAUCUCAGUCUAUUGGCGUGACUGGAGAUCUUUGUGUGCAGUAAAGUUUCUGAGGUUGGAAGAUUUCCUGGAUAACCAACGGCAUGGCAUGUGUCUCUAUCUCGAACCCCAGGGCACUCUGUUUGCAGAGGUUACGUUUUUUAAUCCGGUUAUUGAAAGAAGACCAAAACUCCAGAGGCAGAAGAAAAUUUUUUCGAAACAGCAAGGCAAAACAUUUCUCCGAGCUCCUCAGAUGAAUAUUAAUAUUGCCACUUGGGGAAGGCUGGUGAGAAGAGCUAUUCCUACAGUGAAUCACUCUGGCACCUUCAGCCCCCAAGCAGCAGUGCCUGCCACAGGACAAGUGGUGGAUGCCCAGCUCGCUGAACUGACCCUGCCAGCCGGUGACUCUCCUGUAGCCAAAUUGGACUUUGAACUUGAGCCUGAGCCUCCACCUGCUCCACCCCGUGCAUCUUCCCUUGCGGAAAUAUGUGAAUCUUCCUCUGAGAUAAAGGCUCCUGAUGUGCCUUCUCAGGAUGAAGUAGCAACUUUUGAUUUUGAAAAUGGCAGAAAUAGUAUUGUUCCAAAACUCCAGCCUGAAAUAAUCUGUGAGUCUGAUGUUCCCCAUUCAGACAUGAAAUACACCAACACCAGAGAGUCUGAAGAUAGAAGAUCACAACAAAGAUUCCAGUUUAGUCUGAAGGAUUUCAGAUGCUGCGCUGUACUGGGCAGAGGACAUUUUGGAAAGGUGUUGUUGGCAGAAUACAAAAACACAAACGAGAUGUUUGCUAUUAAAGCCUUAAAGAAAGGAGAUAUUGUGGCUCGUGAUGAAGUGGACAGCUUGAUGUGUGAAAAGCGAAUAUUUGAAACUGUGAAUAGUGUAAGACAUCCCUUCUUGGUGAACCUUUUUGCUUGUUUCCAAACCAAAGAUCACGUGUGCUUUGUAAUGGAAUAUGCUGCUGGUGGGGACCUGAUGAUGCACAUUCACACUGAUGUCUUCUCUGAGCCCAGAGCAGUAUUUUAUGCUGCGUGUGUGGUUCUUGGACUUCAGUAUUUACAUGAGCACAAAAUAGUGUACAGAGAUUUGAAGUUGGAUAACUUAUUGCUGGACACAGAAGGCUUUGUGAAAAUUGCUGACUUUGGUCUUUGCAAAGAAGGAAUGGGAUUUGGAGACAGAACAAGCACAUUCUGUGGCACACCGGAAUUUCUGGCUCCAGAGGUGCUGACAGAAACCUCCUAUACAAGAGCUGUAGACUGGUGGGGUCUUGGUGUUCUUAUCUAUGAGAUGCUGGUGGGUGAGUCUCCCUUCCCUGGAGAUGAUGAGGAAGAGGUGUUUGACAGCAUUGUAAAUGAUGAAGUAAGAUAUCCACGAUUUCUGUCUACAGAAGCCAUCUCAAUAAUGAGACGGCUGCUAAGAAGAAAUCCAGAGCGGCGUCUUGGGGCUGGAGAGAAAGAUGCUGAGGAUGUGAAAAAGCAUCACUUUUUCAGGCAAAUAGAUUGGCAUGCUUUACUGGCCAAGAAAGUCAAGCCUCCUUUCGUCCCUACCAUUAGAGGAAGAGAAGAUGUCAGUAAUUUUGAUGAUGAAUUUACCUCUGAAGCACCUAUCCUCACUCCACCUCGGGAACCAAGGAUACUUUCAGAAGAAGAGCAGGAAAUGUUCAGAGAUUUUGAUUACAUUGCUGAUUGGUGUUAACUUCCACACACUGUGAAGCCCCAGCUGAACUGGCUCACAAGAAUGCCUCUCUCUGAAGAAUACUGACCCUUCAAUUGCUUCCUGUGCCACCUGCAGCUUCUGGGUUUUUUUAAAUCACAUGAAGAUCCUUUUAAGUACUGUUUUAACACUCUUUUGAAGAGUGGCCUCUUUGUAUAUUGUUUUUUAUCUGAGCACUGGAAAGCAGGUCUAUGGCGUUCCUAAGCUGAGUUGGUGAACCCAGGCUGUGUUGAACUUCCCACACAUGGGCGCACGUGGAUCUGUACAGUUCCUCUCACUCUUCCACAGCAGAUAAUACCGCUUUUUAAAGUAUCUGCCUUACGUGGGAAAUGCAGACUUUAGCUAGGUAAUCUCCACUCAGCCACACUGAAGUAAGUUGGGAUACUGGUGACACUCACACAGAACCUGGUUCUAGUCAGAGAAGGCAAAUGAUUUCAGCUAAACAUUGUGCAGUCUUUAAAACUACACAUUUUUACGUACACCUUCAUCUUGUGUUCUUAAAAUAAUGCUAUUGAGAACAGAUAUGCCUUGUUUUGUAAAUUUUCUAUGGUAUUUAUUAGGAAAAAUGUUAAACACCUUGCCUUUGAGAUAACAACUGUGUAAGUGCUUCCAUUACAAAGAAAAACCCAGAAAAAUCCGGAGAGUUUACCAAAGUCACUUGCCAAACAGUUUUGCCUUCAAGCUCCUUGAGCGUGGCUUAAGGCUCUGGUUGGGAUGAGGAAUGUAAGGAGGACGCUGCUCAGUGUAACCCCAGAGUGGAGCAGCUGCAAGGCCCAGGCCCAGCUCCUUCCACACUCACCUCGAGCCUUUCCCACAGCCCGAGGGGGCAGAGAAGUUCCCAGUCCGUAUCUAACCCCCUCCAUCCUCCUCUGUCUGCUGUACAGUAUCAUAUCACUUAGGAAAAGUAAGCGUUUUCAAUGUAUACAUGCUGUGAACAUGUAUAUUUGGAAGUUGUAAUGUAUUCUUACCUCCAGGCAAGUAAUUUAACUGUACCACUUCACCGAUGUUGCGUAGUGGCCAAGUGAACAAAAAAAUGUAUCCAUGUAGGCCACUGAGCUCCAGCCCCUGGAUUGGCAGUUACUGAGGGUAAAAAGCAAUAUGUUGUAAUAGAAUGUAUAAAUAUUUUUGAUAAAAACAGUGUAUAUUUUAUAAACCCCUUAACACUAAAAGCUGUACCUCAAAAGUUGAAAAGUAAUUUAGACCAGACACUGUGUGUGUAUUGUAAACCAAGACCUAUUUUUGGCAUCUGCUGUUCUGUGGGCAAACAUUGACUCUUGGAAAAUAAAUUUUCCUCCUGGUCUUUACCUCUAGCACUAUUCAGCACUGUAACCUCACAGGUUCAUCCUGGCCAGGAGUUUGCUGUUCAUGGGCUAAGGCAGUGAGCAUCGCACUCAAAUGAAUUUAAAACUGGUAAUUUUAUUAAUUUAAAGAAGAAACGCAAACCACUGGAGUAUGCAAUGCUAAGGUGGUGGUUUAAAAUCAAGAUGCUGGACAGACCUGCAGGGUUAGGCAGGGGAGAGGCUUAAGGGAUAAAAAAAUAAAAUAAUCAUUACUAAGUCUAAAUCAGGCCAGUCCUCCAGAGGAAUGGGGCAGGCACCUUCCCCACUGCUACAAAUCACGUUGGAAAGAGUGAGUCAACUCCUCAGCAUUCCUUGUUUCCAGGUUCUAUAUUGACUAGAAACAAAUUAUGUUCCUGUAUCUAGCUGAAACCAAUACUUUUGAGGUACAGUCAGCUCACCCUUUUUGGUUCCCAAAUAUAUAUAUAUACACAAGCAUCUCACAGGGUGCUUAAUACUUACAAAAGUAUCUUCAAACAUACCUUUUUGUAACUACAUCUUGUACAGAAAUCUUUUUUUAAUCUAAGCAAAUCACUAAAAAAAAAAAAAUUAGAAAAAAUUAGAGGGCAGGGUAUGUUCACCCAGUUAAGCUGAAAAAAGCACUAAUUUUAUCUCUGUAGUUUUUUAAAUAUUUUUAGGCAGAUUAAGAUUUAAACCCUAGAUUGUAAAUAUAUUUUGCUAUACUUUAUCUGUAUGUGGCUGCUCAAGCACUUUGUAAGGAAAUUAGGAUAUUUUAGAAUGGUACACUAUGCAUUAAAUGAAAUGUGCCUUUAACAAAUGUCAUUCUAAGUGUUUUGCAGUCAUUAAUAUCACAAAUUAAAGGUCUAAAUAGAGUAAUUUGUAAAUUGUGUCGCAAACAUGAUUUUGCUGUUCCUUGAAGUGGCUGGUCAUGUCUUCCCCACAGGUAACUUCAGAAAAGAUCUUAACGUCAGGAGGGGACCCAGUCUCUUGGUGGUAGCUCAGUAGGCUUCCUUUUUUUUUUUUUUAAAGAACAUUACAAAUUGACUCUGAGCACUCUCUGGCUUGGAGCAGUCGGGACAGCUGGAGUCUGUCUGCCUGGCUCAGCAUUCUCCCUCCUCCCAGGCUUCCCUGAGGCACGAGGGAGACAACUGAGCCCUGCUCCUGGGUACUGCUUCAUUGCAGUCUCCUUCCUACCACCAUUCCUUAGCAAGCUGUGUAACCAAAUCACAAUCUGUACCUACCUACCCCUCACUGAGCUCGUUCUUUGGACAGUCUAGAGGAUGAAGCUUUCUUCUGAGUGCAUUUAGAAUAGAACUCUUUACUUUUAGGAGCCACAUGGAAUUUUUACGUGGCCAUUUUGCCCGGAGGUGGGCACUUCACGCCUGGCUAAACAAUCGUUCCAGAAAGGCCUGGCUUCAGCGUUUCAAGGAUUUAAUCUGAACUGCCGCUGAAUUAACGCUUGAAGAUGUUCCCCACACACUUGUGUGUGGGGAAUCCUACCCUUCAUCGUCCUGUCCUGCCUUCUCCGGGCUGGCUGCUGAGCCGCCCCCUCAGGCUCGUCCCGGCUGAGCCGAGCGCCCGGAGCCCGCCCUCAGCCUGAGGGCAGCGGCACCUCCCCCGGGCCCCGCCCCUGGGCCGGGCUGACACAGGCAGGGCAGGAGCUACUACAGGGGCCAGAGCGGCCUAGAAAUUAAUUCACAGCUAGGCCGUAUUUUUUCCUGCUAUGCUUCACAUUAACUAGUAUACUGCAAUCAGUAGUAAAUGGCCUUCAGAAUAUACCUGCGCCUUCAAGCAGAUUCCUAGUUCUGCCUCUUUGUGCUGCACAGUUACUCCCACACCCUGGGAGAUACAGGAACUGCUUAUGGAACCUGCAGGGUCAUGGCAGGAUUGCACUUCCCUGCCUCCAGCUGCUGCACUUCAGAGCUUUGCACGGAUGUAUUUAAAUUCCUGUCCAGGCAAUCUUUGCUGUAUGCAACAAUUUCAACUGCAAACACUCACCCGUCACAUGUCAAGUGCUCGUGCCUAAUGCCUGAAAGGAUUUAAGAUGAGCAUUAUGGGCAACGUAUAUUUCAGUCACUUUCAACCUGCAUGGCGCAGAUUUAAUCCACAGAUCUAUGCUGGAAAGCAGUACUCACAGUAAAAGCAAUUUCCACCUUUGCAUCCCCAAGCUGUAGCAACGCAUUGAUGGUCAGGCCCAGCCCAUUCACAGCAUCUUUACUCACAGAGGAUGCAGGCAGAAUAGUACAGACCAAAACCAGGAAUGCCCAGAUAACAGAAAAUGUUGCAUCAAAGUCAAAGGCAAUACAUCAGACAAAGAAUACAUGCCCUGCCAACGACUGAGCGUACUCCUAACACCUGCACCAGAACCCUCCAUGGCUGUAACCAACAGCUCCUGUGGUGUAACAGGACUGUACAACCUACAGAGAAAAAUGUUCAGUUUCCACAUUUCCAGUAUCUACUGGCAGAAGAGGAUUAAAGCUCAACUAGCAACCAACAGUGAGUGCCAUUAGCACUGGACACAGCCUUCCCUCUGG